GAAAUUGAUACCAUUCUCAGGAAAUCUCUCUUCCCGAAGUCACCAUCUCUGCCUUCACUGAGGGAGGCCAACCCGAAUCGUCCAUCGCUGUUCCAAAGCAACGGGCGUACACCGGUAGAAGACCUGUGAUAUCAUCCCACCUUGCAGACACUCCCUGCGCUACCCUCAGCAUUCAGGGCAUGUUGGAUCAAUUCAACACGACACUCGGAACAUCACACACCCUGGACACCCCAUCCCUCUCUUCCCUUCUUGAAGAGUGCAUCGCAAACAACUGGGACUUUGGCAUGGCAUAUGGCUGCCUCCGCCAGAUAUGGUACACCGACGACUGGAGCACGAUACGAGACACAUUUCGCAAAUGGGAAGAGGAGGACCGAGAGAUGCGACGGAAAGCGCUCCUUGGUAACCGGAUCGUCAAACCAAGUUUGCUACCUCGACGUGUCUGGGAUCUGUUCAGCAAUCGGGUGGUGCCAUUGUGGUGCACAGGCAUAAAAGAGGAGAGAACAUGGACGGUUCUGCCCAUAUCGCAUGGAUGGAUGGAUGAGAAGGACCGUGUCGAUGAGUGGACGCCCAUCAACGGAUACGAAUGGCCGGUUCCCAUCCCGAAAGACACCAACCUCAACUUCAUCCGCAUUGAGAUGCUCAAUAUUGAAGCGGAGGAUUCGCUUUUUGCAGCGGAGUAUGCAUGGUUGGACGUUCUCUGUUUGAGACAGGUGGGUGGACCAGGGGAGGACAUGCGGGGGGAAGAGUGGAAGCUGGAUGUGCCCACCAUCGGAAAAGUGUAUCGUGACACCGAGGUGGUGACAUACUUGAGUGGGCUGGGUCGGCCUUUGAGUUUGAAGGACGGCAACUUGGAGAGUGAUCGGUCUUGGUUUAGACGUGCUUGGACAGUGCAGGAGGUUGGGGGAAAGAUGUUGAUUGCUGGGGAUACGCCGGAUGGACCAAUGCAUGCCCGAAGAGAUAAGGAUGGGAAUUAUGAGACUGAGCUACUAACCAGGUUUCACAAGCAGCUGGAGUUUGUGCAGGUCUUUUUGUAUGGUGUGACUGCAGUGCUAGGGGAGAUGCAGAAUCGGGUGUCAACCAAUCCGGUGGACAAAGUCGCGGGACUGGCAUUUCUUCUGGACUCCGAGAUGAUACCGGCAUACUAUGAGAGCGAGUCUCUCGAGGACGCAUGGACAGCACUCGUGAAUUCGCUGGAUGAGUGGAGUCGGGCAGAGUUGUUCUUCUUGUAUCCUGAACCGGGCAAUGCAGGCAGAAAGUGGAGACCAUCGUGGGACCAGCUUAUGACGAAGCCUCCGCCCGAAGAUAGACCCCACGGCAUCCUCGUUGAUCGGAAUGAGGAGAUGGAUGAAGACUGGUGUAAUCUGUACUGCAUUGAAAAAGGGUGGGUACGGGGGUUGGCUCAUGUUGUGGAAGGGAGUGAUCGACGUGGAGAAUUGAUCAUUAAAGACGCGGGUGGGACAGAGCAUGCGUUCAACAUCACAGCCACCCACGAGUACCCGAUACCUGACAACACGUACACACUGAUUGGUGCUCAUUCAGUAUGGUUCGAAGAUUGGGUUGUCGGCCGAAGACUGCCAGGGAAAAGGUUUGAGAAAGUGUCGGUGUUGAAAUUUCCCGAUAAAGAAGAAUGGAGGCAAUUAGAGAGUCUUAGUGAAGAGUGUUGGAACAUUCUUGUUUAAGUACACAUUGUAGUAGCUCUUCUUAAACCGAGUCGUUAUUAUGCC